UCCAUUGCUGAGACCCGGCAGAAGCACAUGAGACUCCCAAACAACUUCCACAACAAUAACCCGAGCAGGAAGAGGAGAAAGAGAAAGAGGAUAAGGAGGCGGUGGGGCUGGAGAACCCGAAACACCUCCCGGCGCCGGGACGCUUCUUCUGUUCCUAAUGUGAGAGAGUAGACCCAGAUGAUGGAGGUGCUUCAGUGUGAUGGCUGUGACUUCAGAGCCCCAUCUUAUGAAGAUCUCAAAGCGCACAUCCAGGAUGUCCAUACGGCAUUUCUGCAGCCGACGGACGUUGCUGAAGACAAUGCGAAUGAGUCACGAUCUGGGUCCAUGAAUGCCAGUAACCAGACAGAGGUGGAGUUUUCAUCUAUAAAGGAUGAAUUUGCAAUUGCAGAGGACUUAACAGGUCAAAAUGCAGCCGCACUGGGGACUGGAAGUUACUAUGGCCAUAGUCCAGGAUAUUACAGUCAGCAUAUUGCCCCUAAUCCCAAACCAACAAACAAGUUUUUUCAAUGCAAGUUCUGUGUACGCUACUUCAGGUCAAAAAACCUCCUCAUUGAACACACUAGGAAGGUCCACGGAGCUCAAGCUGAAGGGAGUUCAGCCGGACCCCCUAUUCCAGGAUCCUUAAAUUAUAAUAUCAUGAUGCAUGAGGGAUUUGGAAAGGUCUUCUCUUGCCAGUUUUGCACAUACAAGUCACCAAGGAGGGCAAGAAUAAUUAAGCAUCAGAAGAUGUAUCACAAAAACAAUUUGAAGGAGACCACUGUUCCCCCCCCUGCCCCUGCUCCAAUGCCAGACCCGGUGGUCCCACCCAUGUCCCUGCAGGACCCCUGCAAAGAACUGCCAGCAGAGGUUGUGGAGCGCAGCAUCUUAGAAUCAAUGGUCAAGCCACUGACCAAGUCUCGAGGCAACUUUUGCUGUGAGUGGUGCAGCUAUCAGACCCCCCGCCGAGAACGCUGGUGUGACCACAUGAUGAAGAAGCACCGCAGCAUGGUCAAGAUCCUGUCCAGUCUCAGGCAGCAGCAAGAAGGGACAAAUGUGCCUGAGGCGCAGAAUAAGAAUGACCUCAGCCCCACUUCUAACUCCACCUAUUUGUCCAUGAAUGCUGCCAGCCGGGAGUUACCCAACACUAACGUCUCCAACUUCAGGGGCUCCAUCGGCAACUCCAUCAUGAGACCCAAUUCUUCUUCCACUUCCAAGUUUUCGCCCAUGUCUUACUCUCAGAUGAAGCCGAAGUCACCUCACAAUUCUGGCCUCGUUAACUUGGCGGAGAGAUCCCGUUACGGAAUGCCCGAGAUGACCAAUUCUUCUGCUGACCUGGAAACUAACAGCAUGUUGAAUGACUCCAGUUCUGAUGAAGAGUUAAAUGAAAUAGACAGUGAAAAUGGCUUAAAUGCUAUGGAUCACCAGACAGUAGGCAUGUCUGCAGAACAGCUGAUGGGCUCAGAUGGCAACAAAUUAUUGGAGACCAAGGGGAUCCCAUUUAGAAGAUUCAUGAAUAGGUUCCAGUGCCCCUUUUGUCCUUUCCUCACCAUGCAUCGACGUAGUAUUUCCCGUCACAUAGAAAACAUCCACUUAUCUGGAAAGACAGCCGUCUACAAAUGUGAUGAGUGUCCGUUUACUUGCAAGAGCUCAUUAAAACUUGGGGCUCACAAACAGUGUCACACGGGUACCACAUCAGAUUGGGAUGCUGUGAAUUCCCAGAGUGAAAGCAUUUCCUCCUCGCUGAAUGAAGGUGUCGUGUCUUACGAGAGCUCAAGCAUCAAUGGCAGAAAGUCGGGGGUCCUGUUGGAUCCCUUGCAGCAGCAACAGCCGCCCCCGCCUCCGCCUCCACCGCCACCACCACCUCCGUCACAGCCGCAGCCGCCGCAGCUACAGUCGCCCCAUCAGGUGCCACCCCAGCCCCAGCUGCCCCCGCCGCCUCCCCCGCCACCCGCGCAAGCCCCACCCCUGCACCCCUACAAGUGCACCAUGUGUAAUUACUCCACCACGACUCUGAAAGGGCUGCGAGUCCAUCAGCAGCACAAACACUCUUUCUGCGACAACUUGCCAAAAUUUGAGGGGCAGACCUCAAGCCUGCCAUUGGACAGCGAGACGGACAGCCACCCCUCUUCCAGCAACACUGUGAAGAAAAGUCAGACCUCAAUUCUUGGGUUGUCCUCCAAGAACAAUUUUGUCGCCAAGGCCUCUAGGAAGCUCGCUAACGACUUUCCACUCGACUUAUCGCCCGUGAAGAAGAGGACCAGAAUCGACGAGAUAGCAAGCAACCUGCAGAGCAAAAUUAACCAAACAAAACAGCAGGAAGAUGCGGUGAUCAACGUGGAAGAUGACGAGGAGGAAGAGGAGGACAAUGAAGUGGAGAUCGAGGUGGAGCUGGACAGGGAGGAAGACCCACCGGAGCCCGUCCUGGAGGUGCCCACGCCCUUUUCUGCCCAGCAGAUCUGGGCGAGAGAUGCCCCUGAGCCCCCGAAGGAGCCCAACUUCAGAACUGUUGCUCAUGACUACAAUGCCACCAAUGGGGCUGAAAUAGAGCUCACCCUUUCUGAAGAUGAAGAGGAUUAUUACGGCUCCUCCACCAACAUGAAAGAUCACCAGGUUUCCAAUACGACUCUGCUCAACACCCAGACUCCGAUCUACGCAACUGAGCACAAUAAUGAAAAUACCGACUUUAGUGACUCGGGAAGGCUUUAUUAUUGCAAACACUGUGACUUUAACAACAAAUCUGCCCGGAGUGUCAGCACCCACUACCAGCGCAUGCACCCAUACAUUAAGUUCAGCUUCAGGUACAUCUUGGACCCCAAUGAUCACAGUGCAGUGUACCGGUGCCUGGAAUGCUACAUCGAUUACACCAACUUUGAAGACCUGCAGCAGCAUUACGGCGAACACCACCCAGAAGCCAUGAAUGUCCUCAACUUUGACCACUCGGACCUGAUCUACCGGUGUCGGUUUUGUUCCUACACAAGCCCGAAUGUCCGAAGCCUGAUGCCACAUUACCAAAGAAUGCAUCCCACCGUGAAGAUUAACAAUGCCAUGAUAUUUUCGAGCUACGUGGUGGAGCAGCAGGAGGGGCUAGGCACAGAAUCCCAGACGCUGCGGGAGAUCCUGAAUUCGGCUCCGAAGAACAUGGCCACGUCCACUCCCGUGGCCCGUGGUGGCGGUAUGCCAGCUCCGUUCCCCAAAAACACUCCUUCCAAGACCUUUCCUCCAGAAUGUGAAAAUCAGAAGGACCCCUCAGUCAACACCGUUGUCGUGUACGACUGUGACGUUUGCUCCUUCGCGAGCCCCAACAUGCACUCUGUGUUGGUUCAUUAUCAGAAGAAACACCCAGAAGAAAAGGCUUCCUACUUUAGGAUCCAGAAAACCAUGCGAAUGGUGUCUGUGGACAGGGGCUCUGCCCUUUCUCAGUUAUCAUUUGAGGUGGGUGCUCCAAUGUCUCCCAAAAUGUCCACCAUGGGUUCCCCACCCCCCCCACAACCCCCGCCACCAGACCUCAGUACUGAGCUUUACUACUGCAAACACUGUUCCUACAGCAAUCGGUCAGUUGUGGGAGUCCUUGUCCACUACCAGAAAAGACACCCAGAAAUAAAGGUUACUGCCAAAUAUAUCAGACAGGCUCCUCCCACAGCUGCAAUGAUGAGAGGGCCGGAGGGGCCCCAUGGCUCCCCCCGGCCACCCGCCCCUAUGCAACAGCUCAACCGGAGCAGCUCCGAGAGAGAUGGCCCUCCCGUGGAAAAUGAGAUGUUUUUUUGCCAGCACUGUGAUUAUGGGAACCGGACGGUCAAAGGUGUCCUCAUUCAUUAUCAGAAGAAGCACCGAGACUUCAAGGCCAACGCGGACGUGAUCCGGCAGCACACAGCCACCAUCCGAAGCCUCUGCGACCGCAACCAGAAGAAGCCUGCCAGCUGCAUGCUGAUCUCCCCCUCGGGUGUGGAGCGGGACAAAACAAAACUGCGAGCGCUCAAGUGUAGGCAGUGCUCGUAUACCUCCCCUUACUUCUAUGCCCUAAGGAAGCAUAUCAAGAAAGACCACCCUGCCCUGAAGGCCACGGUCACGUCCAUCAUGCGAUGGGCAUUUCUAGAUGGCUUGAUAGAAGCUGGCUACCACUGCGAGUGGUGCAUCUAUUCCCACACAGAGCCAAGUGGCUUGCUCCUGCAUUACCAAAGGAGGCACCCCGAGCAUUACGUGGAUUAUACCUACAUGGCCACCAAGCUCUGGGCAGGGCCAGACCCGUCCCCUCCCUCUCUCACUAUGCCAGCUGAAGCCAAAACAUACAGAUGCAGAGACUGUGUUUUCGAAGCCCUCUCCAUCUGGGACAUCACCAAUCACUACCAAGCAUUCCACCCUUGGGCCAUGAACGGGGAUGAGUCGGUGCUGCUGGAUAUCAUCAAGGAGAAAGAUGCCGUGGAGAAUCCCAUGUCUUCCUCUGAAGACCUGGUGGGCCCUGUGAGUUGUGAAAACAGUAUGCCCGGCCCGCUCCCUGAGCAGGAAGCCGAAUGCCCCGAGGAUGCCAGGCUUUCCCCUGAGAAGACGAUCCAGCUUGCCUCAGCAAACCCCGCCAUCUCCUCCACCCCAUACCAGUGUACAGUGUGUCAGUCUGAAUAUAACAACCUGCACGGCCUUCUGACCCACUAUGGGAAGAAGCACCCAGGCAUGAAGGUGAAGGCUGCCGACUUUGCCCAGGACAUCGAUAUCAACCCCGGCGCUGUCUACAAAUGCAGGCACUGCCCUUAUAUCAACACCCGCAUCCACGGGGUCCUGACCCACUACCAGAAGCGACAUCCGUCCAUCAAGGUGACCGCAGAGGACUUCGUGCACGACGUGGAGCAGUCCACCGACAUAGCCCAGAACGACGUAGAGGAGACGAGCAGGAUCUUCAAGCAAGGGUACGGCGCCUACCGCUGCAAACUGUGUCCCUACACACAUGGCACUUUGGAGAAACUCAAAAUCCACUAUGAGAAGUACCACAACCAGCCGGAGUUCGAUGUCUUUUCCCAGUCGCCCCCGAAGCUGCCCAUGUCCCUUGAGCCCGAGAUAACCACUGAAGUGAGCCCCUCCCAGGUCUCGGUGAUGGAGGACGAGGUGGGAGAGGAGCCCGUGUCCACGUCUCACUUCGCUACCUCACACCUCGUGUCCCACACUGUGUUCCGGUGCCAGCUCUGCAAGUACUUCUGCUCCACGCGGAAGGGCAUCGCCCGGCACUACCGUAUCAAGCACAACAACGUGCGCGCCCAGCCCGAGGGCAAGAACAACCUCUUCAAGUGCGCCCUGUGUGCCUACACCAACCCCAUCCGCAAAGGGCUGGCUGCCCACUACCAGAAGCGCCACGACAUCGACGCCUACUACACCCAUUGCCUGGCGGCCUCCAGAACCAUCAGCGACAAGCCCAACAAGGUGAUCAUCCCGUCGCCACCCAAGGAUGACUCCCCGCCACUCAGUGAAGAGCUGCGGCGCGCCGUGGAGAAGAAGAAGUGCUCCCUGUGCGCCUUCCAGUCCUUCAGCAAGAAGGGCAUCGUGUCCCAUUACAUGAAGCGCCACCCGGGGGUCUUUCCGAAGAAGCAGCACGCCAGCAAGCUGGGGGGCUACUUCACCGCGGUCUACGCCGACGAGCACGAGAAGCCGAUGCUGCUGGAAGAUUCGGAAGAGAGAGGUGGCUUCGAGAAAGCCGAGGUGGAGGGAAACGAAGGGCAGGACAUCGAGUGGCUCCCGUUCCGCUGCAUCAAGUGCUUCAAGCUGUCCUUUAGCACGGCUGAGCUGCUGAGCAUGCACUACACGGACCACCAUAGCCGGGACCUCAAGAGGGACUUCGUCAUCCUGGCCGGCGGCCCCCGGCUGCAGGGCUCCGCCUACCAGUGCAAGCACUGCGAAAGCAAACUGCAGAGCACCGCCGAGCUGACCUCGCACUUGAACAUUCACAAUGAGGAAUUCCAGAAGCGUGCCAAACGUCAGGAGAGGAGGAAACAGCUUUUGAGCAAGCAGAAAUAUGCAGAUGGUGCUUUUGCAGAUUUCAAACAAGAGAGGCCUUUUGGUCACUUAGAAGAGGUGCCAAAGAUCAAGGAGAGGAAGGUGGUGGGCUACAAGUGUAAAUUCUGUGUGGAAGUGCAUCCGACGCUCCGAGCCAUCUGCAACCACCUCCGCAAGCACGUCCAGUACGGCAGUGUCCCCGCCGUGUCCGCCGCCGUGAAGGGGCUGCGUUCUCACGAGAGGAGCCAUCUGGCCCUGGCCAUGUUCACCCGCGAGGACAAGUACAGCUGCCAGUAUUGCUCCUUUGUCUCUGCUUUCAGGCACAAUUUGGAUCGCCAUAUGCAAACCCACCACGGACACCAUAAACCAUUCCGAUGCAAGCUCUGCUCCUUCAAGUCCUCCUACAACAGCCGGCUGAAGACACACAUCCUCAAAGCUCAUGCCGGUGAGCAUGCCUACAAGUGUUCUUGGUGCUCCUUUUCCACCAUGACAAUCAGCCAGCUGAAGGAACACUCCCUCAAGGUCCACGGAAAAGCCCUGACCCUCCCCAGGCCACGGAUUGUCAGUCUCCUCUCCUCGCAUGCCCACCACUCCUCCCAAAAAGCCACCCCGGCCGAAGAAGUGGAAGAUUCCAAUGACUCAUCCUACUCUGAGCCUCCAGAUGUUCAGCAGCAGUUGAACCACUAUCAGUCCGCUGCUCUGGCGAGAAACAACAGCCGUGUGAGCCCCGUGCCUCUUUCUGGGACCUCAGGGGGCGCUGAGCAGAAAACGGAAGCCAUUCUCCACUGCGAAUUCUGUGAAUUCUCCUCUGGCUAUAUCCAGAGCAUCAGGCGCCAUUACAGGGACAAGCACGGUGGGAAGAAGCUCUUCAAGUGCAAAGACUGCUCCUUUUACACAGGCUUUAAAUCUGCUUUUACUAUGCACGUGGAAGCCGGGCAUUCGGCGGUCCCAGAGGAGGGCCCCAAAGAUCUCCGCUGUCCUCUCUGCCUCUAUCACACCAAAUACAAACGCAACAUGAUCGACCACAUUGUGCUGCACCGAGAAGAGCGGGUUGUCCCCAUUGAAGUGUGCCGAUCCAAACUGUCCAAAUACUUGCAGGGAGUAGUUUUCCGCUGUGAUAAGUGUACCUUCACCUGCUCCAGUGACGAGAGCCUCCAGCAACACAUAGAAAAGCACAAUGAACUGAAACCUUACAAAUGCCAGCUCUGCUACUAUGAGACCAAGCACACGGAAGAACUGGACAGCCACCUUCGGGAUGAGCAUAAGGUAAGCCGAAACUUUGAGCUGGUUGGACGGGUUAACUUGGAUCAGCUGGAGCAGAUGAAGGAGAAGAUGGAGAGCUCUAGCAGUGACGAUGAAGACAAGGAAGAAGAGAUGAACAGCAAGGCUGAUGACAGAGAUCUCUUGAGAUUUUCUGACCACGGGGCUGCUAUCAACACCGAGAAGCGUUUUCCGUGUGAAUUUUGUGGACGGGCGUUUUCCCAGGGCUCUGAGUGGGAAAGGCACGUGCUGAGACACGGCAUGGCAUUGAAUGACACCAAGCAGGUGAGCCGAGAAGAAACCCACCUGAAGGGUAACAUGGAGGACAGUAUUAAGAUGCCCUCUAUAGAGGAAAAGGAAGAUGAUGGAACAAUCGGGAUAGACUUUUCCUUAAAGAACGAACCAGUAGCCAUCUGUGUUGUAGCUGCUGACAAAUCUCUCCUGGAGAAUGCAGAGGCCAAAAAAGAAUAAGCAUUUGGUGAAAUUCUUAAUCACCCCUUACUUGAACCAUGAUGAAAAAGAAAAGUGGGAGGGCCAGCUUGGGCUGAGAAGGGGGGGGACAGAAAAGAGAAGACAGAACAAAGCUGCUUUUUAGGACUGAACAAUCUAUUUUCAAAGCACUGGUACCUGUGUGAGUGAGUAUGUAAAUUAAAGUUAUUUAAAUGGUUGGAAUAUGUGGCUCCUUUUCCAUCACUACAUCUUUCCUUCCGGAUCUUCAUCGUGGAAGUUUCGUUUGUUGCGGAAGCACCGGAAGCACCUCCCUUGCACACCUGUGCACUAU